UGAACCAUGUGGAUGAAGAGGAGGCUGUGUCAAGGGUUUGUUCAGAGUCUGAUGUGAACAGGGGGGCUGAACGAUUUCAGUCUGCCGAUUCGAACUUUUUCCAUCGUCUCUCGGUGGAAUGCUCUCAGAAGGAGAGGCAGCGGAAGGUUUCUUGGGGUGGUGCAAUGGAGAUGCAGCAUUCUCCAUCAUCCCUAGAGAUCGGAGUGGUGUCUUCCUCUCAGCCUCAGGAGAAGCCAAAUCGCCCCCAGAGGGUUAGGAACAAGAGUUCGCAGUUCGAAGACCCAUUUUCAUCUGAGCAUGACCCAAGGUUAAUUUACAUUAAUGACCCCAACAGGACAAAUGAUCGGUAUGAAUUUACGGGUAAUGAGAUUCGGACAAGCAAGUAUACCCUUAUCACUUUCCUUCCUAAGAACCUCUUCAUCCAGUUCCACCGGCUGGCUUAUGUAUAUUUCCUAGUUAUUGCUGCUCUUAACCAGCUCCCUCCUUUAGCUGUGUUUGGAAGGACUGCUUCACUGUUCCCACUACUUUUUGUGCUGUUUGUGACUGCUAUUAAAGAUGGCUAUGAAGACUGGCGGCGUCACAGAUCUGACAGGAAUGAAAACAACAGAGAAGCUCUUGUUCUCCAAUCUGGUGAUUUUCGGUUGAAGACAUGGAAAAACAUUUGCGCAGGGGAGGUUGUCAAAAUUCAUUCCAACGAAACAAUGCCAUGUGAUAUGGUCCUGCUUGGUACAAGUGAUCCAAAUGGUAUAGCAUAUAUCCAAACAAUGAACUUAGAUGGCGAGUCAAACCUGAAAACAAGGUAUGCUCGCCAGGAAACUAUGUCCAUGAUAAGUGAUGGCUCGUAUUCAGGGCUAAUCAAAUGCGAGCAGCCUAACAGGAACAUCUAUGAGUUUACAGCUACCAUGGAGUUGAACAGUCAUAGGAUUCCGCUUGGACAAUCGAACAUUGUACUGCGUGGAUGCCAGCUCAAAAACACAGAAUGGAUUGUCGGGGUAGUUGUCUAUGCUGGUCAGGAGACCAAAGCUAUGUUGAACAGUACAAUAUCUCCUUCAAAGAGCAGCAAUCUGGAGAGUUACAUGAACAGGGAAACCCUUUGGUUGUCAGCGUUCCUCUUGAUCACUUGUUCAGUUGUGGCUACAGGGAUGGGGGUAUGGCUAUUCAGAAAUUCUAAAAACCUCGAUGCGCUACCAUACUACAGGAGGAAGUACUUCACCUUUGGUCGGGAAAACAGAAAAGAUUUCAAGUUCUAUGGCAUCGCUUUGGAGAUAUUUUUCUCCUUCCUAAGUUCUGUGAUAAUCUUUCAGAUAAUGAUACCGAUAUCACUAUACAUCACCAUGGAGUUAGUCAGAGUGGGGCAGUCAUACUUUAUGAUUGGAGAUACACGGAUGUAUGACAGUAGUUCAGGUUCAAGAUUUCAAUGCCGGUCCUUGAAUAUCAAUGAAGAUCUCGGUCAAAUACGUUACAUAUUUUCUGAUAAAACGGGUACCUUGACACAAAACAAGAUGGAGUUUCAUCAAGCCAGCAUCUACGGGAAGAACUAUGGGAGCCCCUUGCAGGUCACUGGUGACUCAUCUUAUGAAAUAAGCACAACAGAGUCAUCGAGACAGCAAGGCAGUAAGUCCAAGUCAGGAGUCAAUGUUGAUGCAGAACUCAUAGCACUUCUGAGUCAACCAUUGGUUGGAGAGGAAAGACUUUCUGCCCAUGAUUUUUUUCUUACUUUAGCUGCAUGCAAUACAGUCAUUCCAGUCAGCACAGAAAAUUCUCUCGAUUUGGUUAAUGAAAUAAAUGAGAUAGGCAGAAUUGAUUACCAGGGUGAAUCACCUGAUGAGCAGGCCUUAGUAACUGCAGCUUCUGCUUAUGGAUAUACGCUUGUGGAAAGGACAACUGGCCACAUUGUUGUUGAUGUUCAGGGGGAGAAGAUAAGGCUGGAUGUUCUUGGUCUCCAUGAAUUUGACAGCGUGAGAAAAAGGAUGUCUGUCGUUGUACGAUUUCCAGACAACAUUGUGAAGGUUCUUGUUAAGGGUGCUGAUACUUCAAUGCUUAGCAUUUUGAGGAGAGAAGAUGAUGAUGAACUUCACAAUUCUUUGCAUGCUAAAAUUAGAGAAACUACAGAAAACCACUUGUCAGGUUACUCAUCAGAGGGUUUACGAACUUUAGUAAUUGGUUCAAAGAACCUGACUGAUGCAGAAUUUGGUGAGUGGCAAGAAAGGUAUGAAGAAGCCAGCACCUCCAUGACAGAGAGAUCAGCAAAGCUCCGACAGGCGGCAGCUCUUGUUGAGUGCAAUCUGACUCUUCUUGGUGCAACUGGAAUUGAAGAUAAGUUGCAGGAUGGUGUUCCUGAGGCCAUUGAGUCUCUCCGGCAGGCUGGAAUCAAGGUUUGGGUUCUCACCGGAGAUAAGCAAGAAACUGCUAUAUCGAUUGGUCUGUCAUGUAGACUAUUGACUCAAAAUAUGCAUUUGAUUGUUAUAAAUGGAUCCUCAGAGUUUGAGUGCAGGCGCCUUCUAGCUGAUGCUAAAGCCAAAUUUGGAAUAAAGUCAUCUGAUUCUGGGAGGGAUUGUCAAGAUAUCGAACAUACGCACAAUGGUGACGUUUCUAAGUUGAGGACCUCUAAUGGUCACAUGUCUGAAAGUGGCAUACAUAACUUCGAGCUGACUGGAGUUAUUGCAAGUGACAAGUCAGAAUACUCUGAGAAAGUGGCAAAUUUUGCUGACACUGAUCUAGCAUUGGUAAUUGAUGGGAGCUCCCUGGUGUAUAUUUUAGAGAAGGAUCUUGAAUCAGAGUUGUUUGAUCUGGCGACUUCCUGUAAAGUUGUUAUCUGCUGCCGUGUUGCUCCACUACAAAAGGCUGGAAUUGUUGAUUUGAUUAAAAGCAGAACAAGUGACAUGACCCUGGCAAUUGGUGAUGGGGCAAAUGAUGUUUCAAUGAUACAGAUGGCAGAUGUUGGUGUUGGAAUAUGUGGUCAAGAAGGUCGUCAAGCAGUGAUGGCAUCAGAUUUUGCCAUGGGACAGUUCCGCUUUCUGAAGAGAUUACUUCUUGUACAUGGACACUGGAAUUAUCAGCGUAUUGCAUACAUGAUCCUCUACAAUUUUUACCGAAAUGCUGUUUUUGUGCUAAUGUUGUUCUGGUAUAUCUUGCAUACAGCAUAUUCUGCAACUCUUGCAUUAACAGAUUGGAGUAGUGUUUUCUAUUCCCUUAUCUAUACGUCAAUUCCCACAGUGGUAGUUGGCAUUCUGGACAAGGACUUGAGUCAUAAUACUCUACUUCAUUAUCCGAGACUAUAUGAAACAGGGCUUCAGAAUGAGGGCUACAACUUGACGCUCUUCUGGAUCACAAUGCUAGAUACCUUGUGGCAAAGCCUUGUCCUUUUCUAUGUUCCCUUCUUCACAUACAAUAUCAGUACAAUGGACAUAUGGAGUAUGGGAAGCUUGUGGACGAUUGCUGUGGUUAUACUUGUCAAUAUUCAUCUGGCCAUGGAUAUCCAACGUUGGGUGCUUAUAACCCAUCUUGCUGUAUGGGGCUCUAUAGCUGCAACAUUUUUGUGCAUGGUGUUAAUAGAUUCUAUUCCAAUAUUCCCUAACUAUGGGACAAUAUACAAUAUGGCUGCUUCAAGAACUUAUUGGCUUAGUGUUUGCCUUAUAAUAGUCCUAGGCUUGCUUCCUCGGUUUCUUUGCAAAGUAAUCUAUCAGACCUUUUGGCCAUCUGAUAUUCAAAUAGCAAGAGAAGCUGAGUUAUUAAAAAAGCUACCCCGGCAGUUGGGUUCAAGGCCUGCAAGUGAUAUCAGCUGACAACAAUGGUUCGGCGCAGUUGCUCUGUGAUCCCAGUUUGCGGGUUAUGUUGAUUCAAUUGUUGAGCUGAUUUUUGCCCAUUUUUUUGUUGUGCCUGUUUCUCCUUUAUCUAUGGUCCAAUGAGCACAGAAGUAAGAUAUACGAAUUCUGGUUGCAGAAGAGGCUGAAAGAUGAGAUGAGGCGGCUGUGGAAAAAGGUACUGACUGUGAAUGGGUAGGCACCAGACAGCGUCGUCCUUCGGGGGCCAAGUAAUCAAGAAAUGACAAAUGUACAGAUAUGGGAAAGGGAUACAUACACUCUGUAUUUUAAGGUAGAUUUUGUGGUUAGGAAAUAAAUAGGUACAUAGAUACAAAAUUCUUUUUGCCAAUCUUUUGUAUUACUUGAUUAUAUGUUAACCAUUUUUCUUUUUCUUCCCUCCUCGUCAAGGUUUUAGAUGGAGACUUAGUGGUGUGUCCAAAUGGAAUUUUACGCUUUACACGGUCACAAGAUUGAUCUCCUUUCGUGACCUAUAUUCAUACUCUUGCUAAAUUUGACACCAGUGAGCCAUUUGAACUUUGACCGGCGAGCUGUUUAAUUGUAAAUUUCUUCUUUACUUUUUUA